AUGAUACAUGUUGUUACAUCCGUUGUUACAUGGGUUAUGCCAACGGAAGAUGAAGAACAACUUCCACUAGAAGAUAUUUUAGAUCCAAAACUCGACGAAGAUGAUGGCGAAGACAUAAUAUUACGCCACAUUAUUUGGUUAUUUGGUCAACAUAAUACGGUUGAUGCCCUCCGAGACGCUUGGGUCAUCUUGCCGGUAUAG